UGUGCCUGUGCCUUUAAGUGUCGGGUUGGGUUGGGUGGGGUGCGGGAGGCGCUAGGACCUGGGGGCGGACCCGGUGUUGUCCAGCGGGAGCGGCGGAGGGUUGCGCCGUGCAGUGCGGAGCGGCGGAGGAUGGCGGCGGAGCGGGUCGGCAGGAAGGGACACAGCCCCCGGGAGCCCGGGGCGGCUCUGCAGCGGCGCCAAGCCCGGGUGACUGCGCGCUAUGACCGGGGGGAGCUGCAGAGGCGGCUGGAUGUGGAGCGAUGGAUGGAGGAUCGGGUCCGGGAGCUGUAUGGGGAGCAGGCGGACAAGAUGCCAGAGGAGGUGAGCAUCGAUGACUUGUUGGAACUACAGAGUGAUGAGGAGCGAGGCAAUAAGUUGCAGAUUAUGUUUACGUCCUGCGGCCAAAACACAGAUGAAUUCAUCAGGGAGCUGGUGAGAAAACUACAGGGACUCCACAAAGUACAAGUGCAGAGAGGUGGAUUGGAGGAAGCCAAGCAGCACUGAGAGACUGGGGGCUGGGUGGAGACCUCUCUCCAAGUUACCGCAGAGUCCAAAGUAAACCAAAACUGUCCUUGGACCUAACGCCUUCCACCAAUCUGAAAUAAGCUUUUAAAGGAAAUUAUUUUGCCAAAUAUAUUUUGUUUUGUUUGAUGCUGCUUUAUUGUUUAGAUUAAAGUUUACAAUUACUCCGUGA